GGAGCGGCGGAAGCGGAUGUUCCUCAACGCCUCCAGCGUGCCCGUCAACGACGAGGGCUACGCGCGGGUGUCGUCGACGCAGAGCUCAGACAAGAUGCGUAUCUUCUUGGAGAGGGUCGUCAAGGCGAUGCAGGGCCAAGUCCUCAAUAUGGACCAGUUCGCGGUCUUUGCGGCGUUCGCGGCGGACAACGGGAAACCUGUGUGCACAUACAGGGACCUCAAGGCGCAGCUUCGCAGCGCGAGCAAUAUCAACAGCCCGUUCGUCAGCUUCCCGACAGCCCCCCUGAAGGACGACGACGACACUCUGGUAAUCUGGCACGACCACCAGGGCGCCGAGGGCAAGAUCCUGAGGUGCGUGAAUGACAAGGCGAACCCCAGGACCUACGUGGUACAGAUUGGCGAGGGCGGGGACUCCUUCCAGGAGAAGAUUCGGGCCGACGACCUGGAGGUCCGGAUGGACCUGCGCUGGAUGAGCUCGGGCGUCGUGUUGGGACUCAUACCAGACGGUUUGGAAGACGCGAUCUCCGAUCUGCAGCCCACCGUUGACGCAUUGGGCCGGCAGAUCGUGUACUGGUUGCAUAAGUGCGAGGCGAUAGUGACUUGGGCGAACGCCACGAUGGCCGCCUACAUCACCGUGGCCUUCUUCGCUGCGAGCGUUUUGCUUGGGUGGCUAGUCUACGAGAGUCAAAGCGCUGUGUCGGUGAUGUUACUAUGGCUGCUGAAGGGGGCCCUGGCCUGCGGAGUGGCCUUCCCGCACCUCUGGUUCGCGCACUUCGCCGUGAAGGUGCGCACGCGGUUGACCGCUGAGGCGUCGGCCAAGCAGCACGCCGCGACGGGGCCGUCCGCCUGGCCGUUCUUCCGGGCCGAGUAGCCGCCGGCGGUGUGUAGGGCGGCCAGGGCCACGGGGCGACGUGUGGAGGAGGCCAGGCCGACACGCUGCGAGGCAGCGUGGGGCCAGCUGCAUCCGCGUGGAUCCAGGGUGCGCCUGGUGCGCAACUCUGCGCCCGCACUGUGCACCUCAGGCGAUGCUUCAG